CCCCGACCCCGCCCGCGGACCCGCCGCUCCCCGGGCGGGCGCGGCGGGACAUGGCGGCGCACAAGCCCGUGGAGUGGGUGCAGGCCGUGGUGAACCGCUUCGACGAGCAGCUUCCAAUCAAGGUUUGCCAGCAGAAUACCCACACCAAAGUCAGUACGGAGCACAACAAGGAAUGUCUCAUCAACAUUUCCAAGUACAAGUUUUCCCUGGUCAUCAGUGGUCUCACUACUAUCUUAAAAAAUGUUAAUAACAUGAGAAUAUUUGGAGAAACUGCUGAAAAGAAUUUGUAUCUAUCUCAGCUGAUUAUCUUGGAUACACUGGAAAAAUGUCUGGCAGGGCAACCAAAGGACACCAUGAGGCUGGACGAGACGAUGCUGGUGAAGCAGCUGCUGCCCGAGAUCUGCCACUUCAUCCACACGUACCGCGAGGGCAACCAGCACGCGGCCGAGCUGCGCAGCUCCGCCUCGGGGGUGCUCUUCUCCCUCAGCUGCAACAACUUCAACGCCGUCUUCAGCCGCAUCUCCACCAGGUUGCAGGAACUGACUGUUUGCUCAGAAGAUAAUGCUGAUGUCCACGAUAUUGAACUUUUGCAGUACAUCAGUGUGGAUUGUUCCAAACUCAAGCGACUCUUGCAAGAGACUGUAUUCAAGUUUAAAGCCCUUAAGAAAGUAGCUCAGUUAGCUGUUAUCAACAGUCUGGAAAAGGCAUUUUGGAACUGGGUGGAAAACUAUCCUGAUGAAUUCACAAAGCUGUACCAAACACCCCAGACUGACAUGGCUGAUUGUGCUGAGAAGUUGUUUGACUUGGUGGAUGGCUUUGCUGAAAGCACGAAGCGUAAAGCAGCAGUGUGGCCACUGCAGAUCAUCCUCCUGGUCCUGUGUCCAGAGAUAAUCCAAGAUAUUGCAAAGGACGUGGUAGAGGAGACUAAAAUGAACAAGAAGCUGUUCCUGGACAAUCUCAGGAAGGCCCUUGCAGGCCACAGUGGGAGCAGGCAGCUGACUGAAAGUGCUGCUAUUGCUUGUGUUAAACUGUGCAAAGCAUCUACCUACAUCAACUGGGAAGAUAAUUCUGUCAUUUUCCUGCUGGUGCAGUCCAUGGUACUAGAUCUUAAGAACCUGCUGUUUAACCCAAGCAAACCUUUCUCAAGAGGCAAUCAGAAUGCAGAUGUAGACCUGAUGAUUGACUGCUUGGUUUCCUGCUUCCGCAUAAAUCCUCACAACCAACACUUUAAGAUCUGCUUGGCACAGAAUUCCCCAUCAACAUUUCAUUAUGUGCUGGUAAAUUCGCUCCACCGAAUUAUCACAAAUUCGGCGCUGGACUGGUGGCCCCGGAUCGAUGCCGUGUAUUGCCACUCGGUGGAGCUGCGCAGCAUGUUCAGCGAGACCCUGCACAAGGCCAUCCAGGGCUGCGGGGCCCACCCCGCCAUCCGCAUGACCCCGAGUCUUACAUUUAAGGAGAAAAUGACAAGCCUUAAAUUUAAAGAAAAACCUACUGAUUUGGAAACCAGAAGCUACAUUCUGCUGUUGUCCUUGGUAAAACUGAUCCAUGCAGAUCCAAAGCUCUUGCUGUGUAAUCCCAGGAAGCAGGGCCCUGAGACCCAGGGGAGCACAGCAGAGCUGAUCACAGGCCUUGUCCAGCUGGUGCCACAGUCCAGCAUGCCAGACAUAGCCCAGGAGGCCAUGGAGGCCUUGCUGGUUCUGCACCAGUUGGACAGCAUUGACUUGUGGAAUCCUGAUGCUCCUAUAGAAACAUUCUGGGAAAUCAGUUCACAAAUGCUUUUUUAUAUCUGCAAGAAGCUCACGAGCCAUCAGAUGCUGAGCAGCACAGAAAUCCUCAAGUGGCUGCGAGAGAUUCUCAUCUGUAGGAAUAAAUUUCUUCUAAAAAACAAACAGUCAGAUAGGAGUUCCUGCCACUUCCUCUUCCUCUAUGAUGUCUCUGGAAGUGGAACUAGCCAAAUUUCUCUUGACCAUGAAGAAAUGAUACGCUGUGCACCAGGAGCUACCCUCAGGAAGGGGAAAGGGAAUUCUUCCAUGGAAAGCACGGCGGGAUGCAGCGGAACACCCAUCUGUCGCCAAGCCCAAACCAAGCUGGAAGUGGCCUUAUACAUGUUCCUGUGGAGCCCAGAUAUCGAGGCAGUGCUGGUGGCCAUGUCCUGCUUCCGGCACCUCUGCGAGGAGGCCGACAUCAGGUGUGGGGUGGAUGAAGUCUCGGUGCACAAUUUCCUGCCCAACUACAACACUUUCAUGGAGUUUGCAUCUGUCAGCAACAUGAUGUCAACAGGGGGAGCAGCUCUUCAGAAGAGAGUGAUGGCAUUACUGAGGCGCAUCGAGCACCCAACUGCAGGCAACACAGAGGCCUGGGAGGAUACACAUGCAAAAUGGGAACAAGCUACAAAACUAAUCCUCAACUAUCCAAAGACCAAAAUGGAAGAUGGGCAGGUCACGGAGAGUCUGCACAAGACGAUUGUGAAGAGGCGCAUGUCCCACGUCAGCGGGGGCGGCUCCAUCGACCUGUCGGACACGGACUCGCUGCAGGAGUGGAUCAACAUGACAGGGUUCCUGUGUGCUGGGGGGGUGUGCCUGCAGCACCGCAGCAGCGGGCUGGCCACCUACAGCCCCCCCAUGGGCCCCGUCAGCGAGCGCAAGGGCUCCAUGAUCUCCAUGGUGUCCACCGAGGGCAGCGUCGAGACGCCCGUCAGCAAGUUCAUCGACCGGCUCCUGACCCUCAUGGUCUGCAACCACGAGAAGGUGGGGCUGCAGAUCCGCACCAACAUCAAAGAUCUGGUGGGCUUGGAGCUGAGCCCUGCCCUCUAUCCAAUGCUCUUCAACAAGCUGAAUACCAUCAGCAAGUUCUUUGACUCUCAAGGACAGGUUUUGCUAACUGACACCAACACACAAUUUGUAGAGCAGACCAUUGCUAUAAUGAAGAAUUUGCUCGACAAUCACACAGAAGGGAGCUCAGAACAUCUUGGACAAGCGAGUAUUGAGACAAUGAUGCUAAAUCUGGUUAGGUAUGUGCGUGUGCUUGGAAAUUUGGUGCAUGCCAUUCAAAUAAAAACGAAGCUCUGUCAGUUGGUAGAAGUAAUGAUGGAAAGGAGAGAUGACCUUUCAUUUUGUCAAGAAAUGAAAUUUAGGAACAAAAUGGUGGAAUAUUUGACAGACUGGGUUAUGGGAACAUCUAACCAAGCAACAGAUGAGGAUGUGAAAUGCUUGACAAGAGAUUUGGACCAGGCGAGUAUGGAGGCAGUGGUUUCUCUUCUUGCUGGGCUUCCACUCCAGCCUGAGGAAGGAGAUGGUGUUGAGUUGAUGGAAGCAAAAUCUCAAUUAUUUCUUAAGUACUUCACGCUGUUCAUGAACCUGCUGAACGACUGCAGCGAGGUGGAGGACGAGGGGGCGCAGGCGGGCGGGCGGAAGCGCGGGAUGUCGCGCAGGCUGGCGUCGCUGCGGCACUGCACCGUGCUGGCCAUGUCCAACCUGCUCAACGCCAACGUCGACAGCGGCCUCAUGCACUCCAUAGGCUUGGGCUAUCAUAAAGACCUCCAAACAAGAGCCACGUUUAUGGAAGUCCUCACCAAAAUUCUGCAGCAGGGGACAGAAUUUGAUACGUUAGCAGAAACAGUGCUAGCGGAUCGGUUUGAGAGAUUGGUGGAGUUGGUUACAAUGAUGGGUGAUCAGGGGGAGCUUCCUAUUGCUAUGGCUUUAGCCAAUGUGGUGCCUUGUUCUCAGUGGGACGAGCUGGCUCGUGUCCUGGUCACGCUCUUUGAUUCCCGGCACUUGCUCUACCAGCUCCUCUGGAAUAUGUUCUCAAAGGAGGUUGAACUGGCAGAUUCCAUGCAGACACUCUUCCGAGGAAACAGCUUAGCCAGUAAAAUAAUGACUUUUUGUUUUCAGGUAUAUGGUGCUACGUACUUGCAGAAGCUUUUGGAACCUUUAUUGAGGACUGUGAUCACAUCUCCUGAGUGGCAGCAUGUUAGCUUUGAGGUGGAUCCAACAAGGCUGGAGCCCACAGAGAGCCUGGAGGAGAACCAGCGGAGCCUCUUGCAAAUGACAGACAAGUUUUUUCAGGCAAUCAUUAAUUCCUCCUCGGAGUUCCCACCCCAGCUGCGCAGUGUGUGCCAUUGUUUAUACCAGGCAACUUGCCACUCUCUACUGAAUAAAGCUACCGUAAAAGAAAAAAAGGAAAACAAAAAAUCAGUGGUGAGCCAGCGCUUCCCUCAGAACAGCAUCGGCGCCGUGGGCAGCGCCAUGUUCCUGCGCUUCAUCAACCCCGCCAUCGUGUCCCCGUACGAGGCCGGCAUCCUGGACAAGAAGCCCCCGCCCAGGAUCGAGAGGGGCCUGAAGCUCAUGUCAAAGAUACUUCAGAGUAUUGCCAACCACGUCCUGUUUACAAAAGAAGAGCAUAUGCGGCCUUUUAAUGAUUUUGUGAAAAGCAAUUUUGACGCAGCACGAAGGUUUUUCCUUGACAUCGCGUCCGACUGCCCAGCGAGUGACACCGUCAACCACAGCCUGUCCUUCAUCAGCGACGGCAACGUCCUGGCCCUGCACCGGCUGCUGUGGAACAACCAGGAGAAGAUCGGCCAGUACCUGUCCAGCAACAGGGACCACAAGGCUGUUGGACGACGACCUUUUGACAAGAUGGCCACUCUUCUUGCCUACCUGGGGCCUCCUGAGCACAAGCCUGUGGCAGAUACACAUUGGUCCAGUUUAAAUCUCACCAGUUCCAAAUUUGAAGAGUUUAUGACGAGGCAUCAGGUACAUGAAAAAGAGGAGUUCAAAGCACUGAAAACGUUAAAUAUUUUCUACCAAGCUGGGACAUCCAAAGUUGGCAAUCCUGUUUUCUACUACACAGCCUUGAGAUUCAAGACUGGCCAGAUCAGUGAUCUGCUCAUCUACCACGUGCUGCUGACCCUGAAGCCAUACUAUGCAAAGCCAUAUGAAAUCGUGGUGGACCUCACCCACGCUGGCCCCAGUAAUCGCUUUAAAACAGACUUUCUUUCUAAAUGGUUUGUAGUUUUUCGCUUUGCUUAUGAAAAUGUUGCCGCAGUUAUUUAUAACUGUAACUCUUGGGUCAGAGAAUACACCAAAUACCAUGAAAGACUCUUGACAGGUUUGAAAGGAAGCAAAAGGCUUGUUUUAAUAGACUCUCCAGGGAAGCUGGCAGAGCACAUCGAACACGACCAGCAGAAGCUCCCAGCAGCUACCUUGGCUUUGGAGGAGGACUUGAAAGUGUUUCACAAUGCUCUCAAGCUGGCUCAUAAAGACACCAAAGUUUCUAUUAAAGUAAGUUGGUCGACAGCUGUGCAGGUGACAUCGGCAGAGCGAACACGAGUCCUGGGCCAGACAGUGUUUUUAAAUGACAUUUACUACGCCUCUGAGAUUGAGGAAAUCUGUCUUGUUGAUGAGAACCAGUUCACCCUGACCAUUGCCAACCAAGGCACACCACUCACCUUCAUGCAUCAGGAGUGUGAAGCCAUCGUGAGGUCCAUCAUCCACAUCCGGACGCGGUGGGAGCUGUCCCAGCCGGACUCCAUCCCUCAGCACACCAAAAUCCGUCCCAAGGAUGUCCCUGGAACGCUGCUGAACAUAGCACUGCUCAACCUGGGGAGCUCAGACCCCAGUCUGAGGUCUGCUGCCUAUAAUCUCCUAUGUGCCUUAACCUGUACCUUUAAUUUAAAGAUUGAGGGCCAGUUACUGGAAACUUCAGGUCUGUGUAUUCCUGCCAACAACACACUAUUUAUUGUAUCUAUCAGUAAGACUCUUGCAGCAAACGAGCCACACCUCACCUUGGAGUUCUUGGAGGAGUGUAUUUCGGGAUUUAGCAAAUCCAGUAUUGAGCUGAAACACCUGUGUCUGGAGUACAUGACUCCCUGGCUGUCCAACCUGGUCAGGUUCUGCAAGCACAACGACGAUGCCAAGCGCCAGCGAGUCACUGCUAUUCUGGAUAAGCUCAUCACAAUGACAAUAAAUGAGAAGCAGAUGUAUCCUUCCAUUCAAGCUAAGAUAUGGGGAAGUCUUGGACAGAUAACAGAUCUCCUGGAUGUAGUGCUGGACAGUUUCAUCAAAACCAGUGCCACGGGGGGCUUGGGCUCCAUCACUGAGGUGAUGGCAGACACGGCUGUGGCACUGGCUUCUGGCAAUGUCAACUCGUGUCAAGCAAAGUGAUUGGGAGGAUGUGUACAAAUCAUCGACAAGACUUGUCUGUCCCCCACUCCCACGCUGGAGCAGCACCUGAUGUGGGAUGACAUUGCUAUCCUGGCGCUACAUGCCAUGCUGUCCUUCAACAACUCCCUGGAUGUGGCUGCACCUCCCUACCUCUUCCACGUGGUCACUCUGCUGGUGGCCACGGGCCCCCUUUCCCUCAGAGCUUCCACUCACGGUCUCGUCAUCAACAUCAUGCACUCUCUGUGCACUUGUUCACAGCUUCACUUCAGUGAGGAGACCAAGCAAGUUUUAAGGCUGAGCUUGACUGAGUUCUCUCUGCCCAAGUUUUAUUUGCUGUUUGGGAUCAGCAAGGUGAAGUCGGCCGCGGUCAUCGCCUUCCGCUCCAGCUACCGCGACAGGUCCUUCUCGCCCGGCUACGAGAGGGAGACCUUCGCUCUGACCUCGCUGGAGACCGUCACCGAGGCCUUGCUGGAGAUCAUGGAGGCCUGUAUGAGGGAUAUUCCAACGUGCAAGUGGCUGGACCAGUGGACUGAACUAGCUCAAAAGUUUGCAUUCCAUAACCCCUCCCUGCAGCCAAGAGCACUGGUUGUCUUUGGCUGUAUAAGUAAACGGUCUCAUGGACAAAUAAAACAAAUCAUCCGAAUUCUCAGCAAGGGACUUGAGAGCUGUUUAAAAGGUCCUGAUAAUUACAAUAGCCAAGUUCUAAUAGAAGCCACAGUUAUAGCCCUCACCAAGCUGCAGCCUCUUCUUAACAAGGACUCUCCUAUGCACAAGGCUCUCUUCUGGGUGGCCAUGGCAGUGCUGCAGCUGGAUGAAGUGAACCUGUACUCGGCAGGAACAGCACUGCUGGAGCAGAACCUGCACACCCUGGACAGCCUGCGGGUGUUCAAUGACAAGAGUCCAGAAGAGGUGUUCAUGGAGAUCAGGAGACCACUUGAAUGGCACUGCAAGCAAAUGGAUCAUUUUGUUGGGCUAAAUUUCAACUCCAACUUUAACUUUGCACUAGUGGGACAUCUCCUGAAAGGGUACAGGCAUCCUUCUCCUACCACUGUAGCAAGGACAGUGAGGAUUUUGCACACACUCCUCGCUCUGGUUAACAAACACAGGAACUGUGACAAGUUCGAGGUGAACACCCAGAGCGUGGCUUACCUGGCAGCUCUGCUGACAGUGUCUGAGGAGGUUCGGAGCCGCUGCAGCCUAAAGCAUAGGAAGUCUCUCUUGUUGACAGACGUGUCAAUGGAAAAUGUUCCUAUGGAUACAUAUCCCAUACAUCACAGUGACACUAGCUAUAGGACACUAAAGGAGAACCAGCCCUGGUCAUCCCCCAAGGGGUGACACCUGGCUGCCAACUACCCGACCGUGGGACAGAUCAGCCCCCGCACCCGGAAAUCCAUGAGCCUGGACAUGGGGCAGCCUUCACAAGCCAACACUAAAAAGCUUCUAGGUACAAGGAAAAGUUUUGACCAUUUGAUAUCGGACACAAAGGCUCCUAAAAGGCAAGACAUGGAAUCUGGAAUCACAACGCCUCCCAAAAUGAGGAGAGUAGCCGAAAAUGAUUAUGAAAUGGAAACCCAGAGAAUAUCACCACAGCAACACCCACAUCUCCGGAAAGUUUCCGUUUCCGAGUCAAACGUCCUCCUGGAUGAAGAGGUUCUGACUGACCCAAAAAUUCAAGCUCUGCUGCUUACAGUUCUUGUAAGCUUUCUUCUGCCACUGGUGAAGUACACCACAGACGAGUUCGACCAGCGCAUCCUCUACGAGUAUUUAGCAGAAGCCAGUGUUGUCUUCCCAAAGGUCUUUCCUGUUGUGCAUAAUUUAUUGGACUCCAAGAUCAAUACCCUUUUAUCGCUGUGCCAGGAUCCAAACUUGUUGAAUCCAAUCCAUGGGAUUGUGCAGAGUGUUGUCUACCACGAGGAAUCUCCACCCCAGUACCAAACAUCUUAUCUACAGAGUUUUGGAUUCAAUGGGCUGUGGAGGUUUGCUGGUCCCUUCUCCAAGCAAAACCAAAUCCCAGACUAUGCUGAGCUCAUAGUGAAGUUCCUGGAUGCCUUGAUUGACACGUACUUGCCUGGAAUUGAUGAGGAAGCCAGUGAGGAGUCCCUACUGACCCCCACGUCUCCGUACCCCCCGGCCGUGCAGAGCCAGCUCAGCAUCACUGCCAACCUCAACCUCUCCAACUCCAUGACCUCACUGGCCACUUCCCAGCACUCCCCAGGUCAGAUCGACAAGGAGAACGUGGAGCUCUCGCCCACCGGCCACGCCAACAGCGGGAGGAUGCGCCACGGCUCCGCCAGCCAAGUGCAGAAGCAGCGAAGCGCCGGCAGCUUCAAGCGUCACAGCAUCAAAAGAUCGUGUGAUAGUUGCUUUUUAAUUUUAUUUUCUAUCUCUGGACCUGACUGACGCGCGCGGCCCCUCCCCGAGGGCCCCGCGCCGGGUGUGAUGCUGCACUUGAUUUGUACAGUUCCCAUCCCGUCGGCCGCGUCGCCAGAUGAUCAACUCCUGCCCCAUUGCCUGAGUUAACGCCUUCAUCCCUCCCUUCUGUUUGGUUUAAGUGUUCCAGAACCGCGUGGAUCCCGAGGGACGGCGGAGCCGGGGGAGGUCUGGAGUCCUGGGCUGCAGAGCCGCGUCUUGUCCAAAUCCAAAGCCAUUUCCCAAAACAG